UGUUAUACAGUGUCAGUCGGGAAUACACGCGAACGGCAGUCGCUAACUCAGUAGGGCGCCAGACGGAGGCCCGGCAACAUUUACGACAGCUCCCUUACUGAUCCUCCAAAAAAAUAUUAGCGAUACAUCAAACGAGAAACGCUCAUUUUGUCUCUAUAGUGAUCUUGUUAUUACUUUAAUACGAGUUUAGUAUAUGUUUAAAAAUAGAAUGAACUUUUUUAAAAGUGCCUUUUGUGAAUUAGUGAUUACGUCAUAAGCCGUAGCGUAAAUCGUAGCAGCGUAGCAGCGUAGCGGUGUAGCGUGUGGGUCAGAGACCGCGAGGCGCGGUCGAUAGACAGGUAGCUUACAUAACUACGCGGUCUGUUCACCCCAAUUGUAUAUCUAUAAAUAUGAUGGAUGAGAAAAGUGAACGUCUACAACUUCAGCCUGUUUCCGAGCCGGCAACGCCGCGCCGAGAGGCUGACAACGAUGCCAAUAAUGACCGACACACACAAGACACUGGUGAAACAGGGGAGACUGACUAUGAUCCACACGAUCAUAGAGAACUGGAAAACCCAACUAACAAUAUGGAGACGUUGGUGCAUCUGCUCAAAUGCAGUCUUGGCACCGGUAUUCUCGCGAUGCCGCAAGCAUUCGCCCGCGCCGGUUUGAUCACAGGCAUAUUGGGAACAAUAUUGGGUGGCAUACUCGUUACGCACUGUUUGAAAGUGUUGCUACGCUCGCAGUAUGAGGCGUGUCGCGCGCGCCGUGUGCCUCAACUGGCCUACCCACAGGCAGCGGCGGCUGCACUUGCCCAUGGCCCGGGAUUCCUGCGUCGCCUUUCGAAACCAGCCCCUGCCCUCGUCGAUGCCUUCCUCGUCCUAUAUCAGCUCGGGAUCUGUUGUGUUUACAUCGUUUUUAUCUCUGAUAACCUCAAAAAGGUGGUUGACCCAAUACGAGAGCUGCCAGUAGAAGUGUACACAGGUGCAUUGCUCUUACCAUUGGUCGCGUUCAACCUGAUCCCAAGUCUCAAGCUGCUCGCACCCUUCUCAGCGCUCGCAAAUGUUUUAAUCUUCCUUGGACUUGGCAUCACUCUCUACUUUCUCCUCUCGGGCGAGCGAUCUACGGAGCCACUGGACCUCUGGGGCUCUGCAGCUACAUUUCCACUAUUCUUUGGAACCAUUCUCUUCGCACUCACUGCUGUCGGCGUUGUGAUAGCAGUAGAAAACAAUAUGAAGACGCCAAAAGCGUUUCUGAAGCCGUGUGGCGUGCUGAAUACCGGCAUGUUCAUCAUCGUCGUGCUCUACGUAACCAUUGGUGCGGUUGGCUACACCUACUGCGUAUCCAAAUGCAGUGACUCUAUCACUCUUGAUCUACCAAAAGGCCCGUUAGCUGCUAGUGUGAUGAUUAUGUUUGCGGUGGCUAUCUUCAUAAGUUAUGGUCUCCACUGCUACGUGCCAGUGGAAGUAGUGUGGAAGGGAUACCUUCUGCCGCGGCUGCAGAAGAACGGAAGUCAGCGUAUUCGGCUUUGGGAGUAUGGCUUACGAGUAGCGCUAUGCUUGUUAACCUUUGUGCUUGCCGUAUCAGUGCCCCGUCUGGGUUUGUUCAUCUCGCUCUUCGGUGCGUUGUGUUUGUCGGCAUUGGGCAUUUGCUUCCCAGCCCUGAUGGAGGCAUGCCAGUGGUAUCCGAAGCGGGCGAGUGUGGAAAGAUCUCUGAUGUUCCUUAAAGAUGCUUUCCUAUUCGUGGUCGGUUUGGUUGGCUUAGUGGCCGGUACGUACACGGCCCUUGUCAGUAUCGUGCGGUCUUUUGGCCCGGCACCGACCGAUUGACCGCUCCUCACUCCGCUCCCCGCCAUAAGCAUUUCAUGUAAUUGUCUCAGUUAUCAUCUCGGACACAUCAAAUCAUUCGCGAAAGCGUUAAAAAGUGCUAAUUUUGUUUGCUAACGGAGCUUCUAUGGUCUAUAUUAAGUUUAUUGCCAACAUGUUUAUACUACAAGUUUAUAUCGUCAUGACUUCCUUAGUCGAACUACAAAACAACAAUAAUAUAACUGCUAAUAAGGCAAUCGAUCGUAAUAAUCAUUGUUUCCAUGAUGAUGGUAAUUGUACAAUGACGUAAUACAUAUAAUGAUACUUUAUACUAUGUUGGGGAUUUACAAUACCUACUCAAUAGUGUAAGCUUGUAGAUUUUAAGUGCUGAUAUUGUACUUUUAUAUAGCAGAUACAGUAUUUUAUAUAUUUUAAAAUCCGUUUUAGUUUAAGAUUGUAUAAAUAAAAUUAUUUAUAAUUUAAUUUUUAAUUGCAUGUCAAUUAGAAAAAGCAAUGAUAGUUAAAAUAUAUUAUAUUAUUAAAA